UCCAAACGUUGGUGGCACUGACUUGGAUUGACUUUAAUUUCACGCUUUAUUCGCGCAAACAAAUAUGGACAAGUUUGUUACAUUAGUUCGUACAAUACGCGAUCACGGCGGAUUAUGGAAAUCCUUGAAAAUGUUAUACAGGGUGGAUGAAUUGAAGAGCGGCACUUUGAUCGGAGAAGAUAAAUAUGGUAAUCGAUAUUACCAGGAUAACCGACACUUUAUAGGUCGUAACAGAUGGGUGAUAUACAAUGAAAAAGUUGGGCUUAAUUAUGAUGGCUCUCAAGUUCCACCAGAAUGGUUCGGCUGGCUGCACCACAAGACAGAUCUGCCACCAGAUAAAGAUCCAUCUCGGCCUAAGCACAAAUGGAUGAUGGACCAUACACCGAAUCUGAGCGGCACGAAUCAAGCAUAUAUGCCCUAUAGCACUACAAAACCAAAAAUUGAACCUUGGCGUCCACCGCAGUGAUUCUUGUCAAAGUGUUAGUGCAACAUACAGAUUAAAGUAGUUUGUUCGUAAUUGUGACAAAGUAUAAAAUAUUAUUCAAUGUAAAUAAUGUAAUUGUUCCAAUAUAAAGGAGUUAUACUUAAAAGAAGAACACA